AUGGCUGGUUAUGAAGGUAAUAAUUCUCAAUACGUUCAUCAAAAUCACAACCACCUACUCAGACCUGAACUUCAUCUGAUUCAAAGACCUUCAUCCAUUCCUUCAUCUGAUUCUAAAGAUAACAACAAUACCCCAUCACCCCCAGAUCAUGCCAGGACAAGUUCUGAUCACCCUGACAGUAGUGCUGCAACUAGCUCAGGCGGCGGAGGCACCAAUCCUAAUCGCCGCCCUAGAGGCCGUCCUGCUGGUUCCAAGAACAGACCGAAGCCACCUAUCAUUGUAACAAGGGACAGCCCUAAUGCUCUCCGAUCCCAUGUGCUUGAGAUCUCCAGUGGAGCUGAUAUAGUGGAAAGCGUGUUCAAUUACGCGAGGAAAAGAGGGAGAGGAGUUUGUGUUCUUAGUGGAAGUGGGACAGUUGCUAAUGUUACUUUAAGACAACCAGCUUCUCCUGCAGGGAGUGUGCUCACUUUGCACGGAAGGUUUGAGAUCCUUUCGCUAUCUGGAACGGUGCUUCCUCCACCUGCGCCACCUGGUGCGGGAGGGUUGUCGAUAUUUUUGUCCGGUGGACAAGGACAGGUUGUUGGAGGGAAUGUUGUCGGGCCUUUGAUGGCUGCAGGUCCAGUGGUUUUGAUGGCUGCAUCUUUUGCUAAUGCAGUUUUUGAGCGUUUGCCUUUGGAUGAUCAGGAGGAAGCUGGAGCGGUACAGGUUCAGCCCACGGCUUCUCAGUCUUCUGGUGUGACUGGAGGUGGAGGACAGAUGGGCGAUGGUGGAGGAGGCAGCAGUACUGGAGGUGGAGGUGGUGGUGGUUUUUUUAAUAUGGUAGGAGCUCAUCAUGGCAAUUUUCCAUUUUCAGGUGAUUUGUUUGGAUCAUGGAGUGGAAGUGCUGCAAGGCCUCCAUUUUAA